UAAUCUCAUCGUGCAAUGGCACAGGGCUAUUCCCUAAGUCUCGAGCCGGACGAAUUAGCUGUUAUCAGCGCAGUGCGGGUGUUAUCAGUCUACAUUAGGCAGGCCGCGGGACAAGACAUGGUGUGGCUGUGCAUGUGUGUGGCGUGGAGCGGAGCAUGUACGCGUCGCCAGUCUUUCAAGGCCAGAGCGGGUCGAAACAUGAAGGGUGACUCCCCGUUCGGCAAGUCAGAAGCCUAUAUUAAGUUGGAGCAACUGGGUGAGGGUUCCUAUGCGACUGUUUUCAAAGGAUACAGCAACCUGACAAACCAAGUGGUGGCCUUAAAGGAGAUAAGACUACAGGAGGAGGAGGGUGCUCCGUUCACCGCCAUACGGGAGGCGUCCCUGCUCAAGGAGCUGAAACACUGCAACAUAGUCACACUGCACGACAUUGUACACACCAGGGAAACGCUCACAUUUGUGUUCGAGUAUGUUCACACAGAUCUGUCACAGUACAUGGAGCGACACCCAGGCGGCCUCCACUACGCCAACGUACGACUGUUCCUGUUCCAGCUACUGCGCGGACUGGCAUACUGCCACCGACGGCGAGUGCUCCACCGCGAUGUCAAGCCGCAGAACCUGCUUAUCAGUGAGAUGGGCGAGCUUAAGUUGGCCGACUUUGGGCUAGCCCGUGCCAAGUCUGUGCCGUCCCACACAUACAGCCACGAGGUGGUGACACUUUGGUAUCGGCCACCAGACGUGUUGCUAGGCUCCACCCACUACUCCUGCUCCCUCGACAUGUGGGGUGUUGGCUGCAUCUUCGUGGAAAUGAUCACUGGUGUUCCCACAUUCCCUGGCGUGCGUGAAACUUAUGACCAGCUCGACAAAAUAUUUAAGAUCCUGGGUACGCCCUGCGAGGAGGACUGGGAAGGUGUCAGCCAAUUGCCAGGAUAUAAACCUCACAAGCUGGGUUUCUACCGAGGACAGAAGCUAGGCCUCUCCUUCCCCCGACUGUAUGACAUCCUGGAGGGAGAGAGCAUGGCCACUGCGCUACUUCAGCUGAAUCCAGACAAGAGGAUAGAAGCUGAGACAGCUCUCAGACAUCGAUACUUCUCCAACCUCCCCAAGAAACUCUACGAGUUGCCUGAUGAGGUCUCCAUCUUCAGCGUGGACGGUGUCUACUUACUGCAAGAGGGCAGAGCUCCCGGCCUGAAGACCUGAGCCGCACGACUCGACACUAGCUCAAACUGUUACAUAGCUCUACGUUGUCUUUUAUAACUGUGUUUUCUACUGUAAGUGUCGGACUGUAAACAGGGUUACGAGCUGCAGAUGAACAUGACAAUUACGGGAAUAGUUCCCACCAAAACAAAGACUAAUAAAAGGAUUUUUCUAUAAUAUAUUUACGAUAGUUAGUCACUACAGUCUCUAAGUAUUAAAACACUGUUGGAACAAUCCUAAUAGAGUUAAAAGAAACAUUAAGGCGAUCUAUAUUUUUAAAUUGUUAGGGAUGUAUCUUAGCCGUUCCGUUAUUAGUUGGGAGUCUACGAUGUAACUUGUAUAAUACGUGACUGAGUAUGCAUUUGAGUGUCGGAUGGUACCCAGACGAACCAUCCGACGAGGAAUGACUUGCCAACUGUUUAGCCGAGUAGAGAUAGAGUAGGGUGUGUACUAGUGACGGAGUGUAGGUUAGGCUCCGUUUGAAGACAUCAUUCCUCUGAUGGUGCUCAAUAUUAAUUGGACAACGCAUUGUUGUAUGGUUUUCUAUGUUUACCACAUCAGAAUAGUCUGAUUUUGUUUGCGUGCAUUCUGUAAAGUUUCAAUGUUGCAUUUCUAAGUACCUCGUACGGCUUGCCUUGUAACAAUGUGCCAAACUUAUCUUUGCUUAGUUAAUUACUUGAUUUUUAUAAUUUUUUAUCCACUAUGUUUUAAUUGUUUUGUGGAUUCCUAAUUGUACACCAAAAGAAGUUUACCAGCCUUCUUACAAACAAGUAUGUUGAUCAGGUUUACGAGUUUGUAAAGUAUUUUUUCCAAACAAAUUUGCCUGUGAUGUAUUAAUUUUAGGUUGAAAACCGCAGAGAUAGCAUUAAGUAUUGUAACAAAAUUAUAAAACAUGUUUGUCCAUAUAUGCACUAAAAUUAUUUUGAUUUCACAGGGAAUUGAGAGAAAAGUCAAGGGCUUUGUAGUUUAUCUACUAGGAUAAGGUUCGGAUAAGUAUCGGAUCACAUUUCUUGACAAAAGUAACAUUUAAUAUUUAGUAACAAAUAAAACGUUUGUUUACUUUGAUAGUGGUUUUUCUCCUUUUCGUGCGACCCAAAACAGAACCAUUGAUUAAAACUCUCUAGAAUGUAUUUUAAUUAGUAUGUUUAUUUUAAUUUCGAAUUGGAGUAAUAGAAAUAACUGCAUCAAAGUGUUUAAAUAGAAACAAAGAGAUAACAGGAUUGUUUAUGGAGUCAACAGCUAAAUUAUUAUUAAAGCAUAGACAAAAUUGGCCCAAUUAUAGUCAUUAUUGAGAUUGUGUUUUUCAACUAAGUAUUAAAAAUUGCAUAGGUUAAUUAGAUUUUAAAAUCUUAUUUUUUUUGGCACUACUAUAAGAGAGUAAUAUGUGUAAUGAACCAGGUUUUAAAAUAAAUAUACUGUUCACCUCAAUUUAUAUGUCUUUAAAUGUUUUAGCUGUGAAUACCAGUUUAUGAUAAAACAUCAAUAUUUGUAUGUAAUAAUAUAAUUUACUGUUUUAUUGCUGUCACAAUAAAAAUUAGCCUAUAUGCUCAAUGUUUUAUGUAGUUUGGAUGAAUUAUUUACAAAUUCUUUGGAAGGACUCGAUAAAAAAAUUAAAUAAUUUUAACUUUGAAACCAAAAUAUUCCUGGAUCUUAUUUCAACAGAAAUUGUAUGGUAAAUGAAUUAAUAGUGAUUGUUGUCAAAAUUGAUUAAAGUUUUAGUAUUGCCAAAUUAUGUAUUAGUGCUAUAGUACUGUAGUUAUCACAUACUGAAUACGGCUAGUCGAUGACAAUCGAAUGUUAUCUUUGGUAAGGAGGUGGUAACGUGACUGACACAUGCUUCUCUGCACCGUCCCUGCUCCGCGCAAACGUCACGCCAAGCCCUCGACCUUCUCAUUGGCUGUUUAGUUCCGCCUUGCGUUGAGUGUGCAUUUUGAACAGUCUUCCACUACGUCAUUCCUUUUGUAAAUACUUGUAAAAUGUAUAAAUUGUGCAAUGUCUUCGUUAUUUUUCUCCCAUUUUCAUGUAUUUCUUAUCAUACAAAUUUUAAUUAGAGAACUAAAUCAUAUCUUAAUUUAUAUUGAACAUCGUUAUACUCAUUAAAAAUCAAAAGCUUAAUUUAUACGUUAGUGUAGCGGAAAUUGUAUUCUAGUAUUUUUACAACUAUAAUUAAGUGUAGUAUAGUUGAAAUAAAAAUCAAACUUACAGACUAUGAAACUGAACUGUGGAUUUAAUUUGAGCUUAAUUUGAUAUUUAAGUGAAACCUAAGUCUUCAUGGUGAAGCAGAAGAAUCUGGCGAAUGAGUGUUUUAACUGUGUGCUGGUAGUGAUUGAGCAUUUUGUGUUAUAACUGAUACAACAGUGAAGAUAAUAGUUUUGAUUAAUAUUAGAUAUCAUGUAUUUAACUGUAAUUAAAGUUUUAACCAUUUAAAAUGCAAAUCUUAAUUGUCAAUGAUUUUUAUAGUUUUCGUACUUUUAUUAUUGCUAAUUAAAUAUAAUUAAUCAUAAUGUUAGAUGUAACGAAUCCGUAGGAAUUGUUCAAUAUGAUAUCUUAUUCUGUGAAAAGUUAGUUACAGCAAAGAUUGUAAAAACUAUAGAUUCGAGAAAUCAUGUGGAAAUUUUUAGGCAACAAGAGCUCAUAAAUAUGUUAUUAAAUCGUAAAGACUUAUUAAUGACCUCAUUAGAUUUAUAUUCAUUAAAGACACUAUGAGUGACUGAUGGUUUUAUUACAUUUGUUUUAAACCAGGCUACAAUAAAUUUUAACCCAAACUUAUUUUUAUUUCUGUAAUAUAGGAAAGCAAUUUGUUAACCAUGUCUACAUUUAAAUUUACAAGGUACAUUUCUUAUUUAUUUAAUCCAUUGGCCUAAAGUUCUCUAAUGCCCAAAUGUCAUCAGAAAUUUGUAUUAUUUUGUAAACUUUGAAAAACAACUUUUAAACUUAUGGGUUUUUUCAUAACAUGUAUUUACCAAAUCAAUUAAAAUAUAUAUUAAUAGAUAUUUCUUAAUAAAGAUAAAAUAUGUACUUACGAUCAUGUAUAUUACAUAAUCGCCACAAAUGAUAUACACUAAUACAUUAUAUACAAAUAUUAAGUCAUAGUGCUAGAUUGUCAUACACCUACAAUCCACCUUAAUUUACUGAACAGAUAAAUGUGACUUGCUGGUCAGUUAUUUUCCGGUCUAGGCCUAAUAACCAUGUGCACUUCUUGUAGUUCCAACUUUCUCUGAGCCUAAUUUUUUAUCUUUACAUCGUUAUUCAUAUUACUCAAUACACUAAAUGGUCUCAAUUUCUGACUCACAAGAUGAUAUUUUAUCAUCCAGUCAUGAAAAGAAUCACAUAUUUCACUCAAGUGCAAACCGUAAUAAAACAAAUUGUAUAUAGCUCAAUUUUUCAAACUCAUUGUUGUCACCUUUAUUUCUGUCAAGUAUUUUGUGGUGAUGAGUCUCUAAAUGGGAAACUAGUUGGUUAAGAGAGCCUUCUCCCUUGCACUCAACAUUAACUCUGCAUUUUGUGUAUCUAAACUCACAGAACUGCUCAUGCUCAUGAAUGCAUAAAGCCUGGCAUCCUUGCUUCUGGUUUUCACACAUCUUGGACAACUCCUCCAUCCAUUUAUCUAACAUUAAGCCUCUUUAUAGUAUUUUGCACAGACUCCAUUACUCCUGGCACAUUGGACAACAGAAGUGCCAACAUAAUCAAAGCAAACAUGAGAUUGUGCGAUCUCUAGUAGUUUUAGACUGAUCUGCUUUAAAGUGGAACCACUUGCCAUAAUUCAUAUCUUAUAGAAUAAAAUAGGAAACGAUAAUGUACAUUGUCAAGAUUUUAACUGAACCACAAUUUGUUUCAAAAUUAUUUACAUGUGCACAGUAUCAUAAAAAUAAAAUAUUGCAAAAUAAGAAAUAUAAAAUUUUGCUAUAAAUUCAGUUUGUACAAUAUAUAGUUUACAAUUAAUCUAAUUAAAUAAUGGCGUACGCAAUAAUUUUAACAAUUUUAAUUUGUUUUGAAUAAGUUUAAUUUAUUUACAAAACAGUUCAUAGUGGGCUCAAUUUGCUUCCAUGAAUAUUGUGGAUGGAUUGCAAUUUUGUGAUUAUAAAAAUCAUGUACACAUACAUACACAUGAAACAGUACAUUCAUAAAUAUGAUACUUGUAUCAAUCAUCUGAAAACAAUUCAGUAUUUGUACGGAAAAAUUUAGAAUGAUGUAUUUCCAGGGUGAAGAGGACAACAGAGCAUCCUCGCAUAUACGUGACUUAAUAGCAAAGUUUAUGAGAAGUCAAAUGGUACUAAGGAGCUACAUGUAGGAAAAAAAUUCAAAAACGUUGAUAGUAGUGAAAUUGACAAGGGCUAGAGACUACUAGGUUAAGAGUCAUGUCUGUAUCAGUAUCAGUAUAAUCAUAAUCAUUAUUGAGCUUCAUCAAUACUGAUGACACAAGUGUUCAUUUGGCAGUUUCUUGCAUGUAUAUAACACAAGAAUACCAGGAAGUACUACAAUUUAAUGGAAAAACAAAAUAAUUAGCAAUGAUGUAUAAUGGACUGUCCAGGAAUGGAGUUGCAUGAUAUAGGUGUGAAUAACACAUUCUGCCGCACCAAGCCAAUGGGUUAAAUAGCAGAAACAAGAAAGUAGAAAGCCACAAAUUGGAAUGUUGUGACGGGAGUAAUAAUUCAAAUAAAUCUAAAUCUAUCGGGAUAACUAAAUUGAUUGAAUUAAAAUUUAGAAUCCGAGAAGAGAUGCAGAAACAUUUUUGUUGUACUUUACGGAAUGGCUGACUUCACCAUCCCAUGAUUGAAGCAUUAAUCACUUUUUGUGUAACUGUCAUUCAUUUAGUCAGUUCUAUUCAUCUAAUUUUGUAUAACAAUUAAUCAAAAUUAAUAUCUCAAGUAUAGUAUAUUUUUUUAUUUACAUUUAUUUAAUUCAUGAACAUUAACUUAUUUGCGACAUUUUCUAAAUGAAGACGAAUUGAUUAGUGAAGUUUAGAAACUCAACUGUAUGUAUUUUUAGAUGCAAUUACUAGUUAAAACAUGGCACUGAACAAAGUUGCCUAUUGUUUACAUAACAUGUUAUAGUAUGGAGGACCAUCACUUUUUUACAUUAUACCCUGUUAUCGUUUUCAUACAAUAAUGUAGUUUGUAUAGAUGGCAUAAUUUAUGUAGAUUUUUAUUGUGCUUGAUUUAUUAUAUGAAACUCAAUAUCAUUGUCGAGUUUGUAUACAUGGAAACCUUUCCAUCAUUUUGAAUUAGUCUGUAGUAAUCAUACAUAAUUACUCGUUCUUUUGUAAUAUAUAAUUUUUUACUUUCAAAAUGCACACUGAAGUUUAACAUAGGUUUGUGAUGUAAAUGUAUAUAUUCUGUGGUAAUUUAUAUUACAUGAAACCAGAUUAGAAAUGAUAUUAAAUUUUAAUGUGAGUUUGUA